UGCGUACUGUCAGGCGGGCGCCACAAGCACUUCCUGCUUCUCCUGGCAAGAUGGCGGGGGGUGAGGCUGGAGUGACUCUCGGGCAACCGCACCUUUCUCGCCAAGACCUCGCUACUUUGGAUGUUACCAAGCUAACGCCACUUUCACAUGAAGUAAUCAGCAGACAAGCAACAAUUAAUAUAGGAACCAUUGGUCAUGUAGCUCAUGGGAAAUCCACAGUUGUAAAAGCCAUUUCUGGAGUUCACACUGUCAGGUUCAAAAAUGAACUAGAAAGAAACAUUACAAUCAAACUUGGAUAUGCUAAUGCUAAGAUUUAUAAACUUGAUGACCCAAGUUGUCCCCGACCAGAAUGCUAUAGGUCAUGUGGAAGUGGUACCCCUGAUGAGUUUCCUACAGACAUUCCAGGGACCAAAGGGAACUUCAAAUUAGUCAGACAUGUUUCCUUUGUUGACUGUCCUGGCCAUGACAUUUUGAUGGCAACUAUGCUGAACGGUGCAGCAGUGAUGGAUGCAGCGCUCCUAUUGAUAGCUGGCAAUGAAUCUUGCCCUCAGCCUCAGACUUCUGAACACUUGGCUGCAAUAGAAAUCAUGAAACUGAAGCAUAUUUUGAUCCUGCAGAAUAAAAUCGAUUUGGUAAAAGAAAGUCAGGCUAAAGAACAAUAUGAACAGAUCCUUGCAUUUGUACAAGGUACAGUAGCAGAAGGAGCUCCCAUUAUUCCAAUUUCUGCCCAGCUGAAAUACAAUAUUGAGGUUGUCUGUGAGUACAUAGUAAAGAAAAUACCCGUACCUCUUAGAGACUUCACUUCAGAGCCUCGACUUAUUGUUAUUAGGUCAUUUGAUGUCAACAAACCUGGUUGUGAAGUUGAUGACCUUAAGGGAGGUGUGGCAGGUGGUAGUAUCCUAAAAGGAGUACUGAAGGUGGGCCAGGAGAUAGAAGUCAGACCUGGCAUUGUUUCCAAAGAUAGUGAAGGAAAGCUCAUGUGUAAACCAAUCUUUUCCAAAAUUGUAUCACUUUUUGCGGAACAUAAUGACCUUCAAUAUGCUGCUCCUGGAGGUCUUAUUGGAGUUGGCACAAAAAUUGACCCCACCUUGUGCCGAGCUGACAGAAUGGUGGGGCAGGUCCUUGGUGCAGUUGGAGCUUUACCUGAGAUAUUCACGGAAUUAGAAAUUUCCUAUUUCCUACUUAGACGGCUUCUAGGUGUACGCACUGAAGGUGACAAGAAAGCAGCAAAGGUCCAAAAGCUGUCCAAGAAUGAAGUACUUAUGGUCAACAUAGGAUCUCUGUCAACAGGAGGGAGAGUUAGUGCUGUCAAGGCUGAUUUGGGCAAGAUUGUCCUGACUAAUCCUGUGUGCACAGAGGUGGGAGAAAAAAUUGCCCUUAGCCGAAGAGUUGAGAAGCACUGGCGUUUAAUUGGUUGGGGUCAGAUAAGAAGAGGAGUGACAAUCAAGCCAACCAUAGAUGAUGACUGAAGAGUCCCAGUUCAAUAAUGCAUCUGGAUGCAGCUGGAAUUUUCUGAACAAUUAAGGGGUAUAUUUUCAAAGUAAUACUAGGGAAUUAAUUUCACACCUCAUUACUUUAGUAGGUAGAUGUAAAGUUAUUCUUAUUUUUAGGUGAUGAAAAUCUAACCUCUAAUACUAAUGUGAGGUCUCCAAUAAAUGUAAAAGUUGGUGUAAUGUUGGAUUGAAUCUACAUUUUGCCAGAAAUUAAGCAUUUCCAAACCAGGUCUUAUUUAUACAUCGAUACAGGUUUGAAGUGAAGCCACCACAACCAGCCUUCUUUCUCUGUAGCACACAUGCCACUGAACCUGCCUGAAAUAAAGUUUUUCUCAUUUUUUAUAAUUCACCUUUUAAUAGCUCUAGGCUAAAGGACUGUUACUGCCAGUAAAAACUAGAAGACAUAAAUUCUUAAAAAUCAGGUACUCCUUUUUUGUUUGCUCUUUUCUGCCCUCUAUCAACUAUUUCUCCUGUGCCAUCCUACCCUGCCCUGGAGCCAGCUGCUUAUGAACUGAAACUUUUACAAACUGUGAGCUAAAUAAACCUUUCCUCCUGUAAAAAAGAGAUCAAGUACUCUUUGUUAGACCUCAUAUUUUAUGUUGCUCUAAAAAACUUUAAAAUUUUUUUUUAUUAAUACAUGAUGCCAGCACAUAAUGAUUACGUUCAUCGGGGAGUUGCUAUGUAUACAUGGCACAUCUUAACUCUGCACUGUCUCCCCCGUGUUACUUUAUCCUUGGAAUCUUCAGUGAAAGGGACAUUAGACUCACAUGAAAUUGGCCUCGAGUAUGAAUGCUUGUUCCACCUAUGAACCCGUCCCCAAUUCUCUUGGGCUGAAACAUAGGAAACCUAAAGCGAAAGUUCUCACCCUCUCCCUGUGGUGCCCUGCAAUUAUUUCUGCAUUGGUUUACACCUGAAACCUGAUAGUCCUGCCCCAUUGGAAGAAGUGUAGUCAAUGAUUGUGGAUAGCUAACAAAGCUGUGUCCGGGCUUUUUUUUUUCCCCCUCUGUGUUGUUGGCUUGUUUAGUGUUGUGUUUUGUAUUUUGUGAUGCUGGGGAACCAACCCAGGGCCUACGGCAUGUUAGGCAAGCACUCUAGCUCUGAGCUCCCCUCCACUCUAAGCCCUGUUUUGUUUUUGUUUUUGUUUUUUUUUAAACUGUUUGCUUACUAAGAUUAUAACAUAGAUUCUGGUAUUAAUCUUUGAACCUUGCAAAAGAUUAAAAGUACAAGAUGCCAAAAAACAAAGGUUGAGUCUUUUUGAUUGUUUUUUAAUUAUUAUUAUUUUUUUAAAUAACCCUUCUACCUGUACUUUUCAUAGGCUGUUCUUUUAUAGAGCUUCUAUUUAUGUCUUUGCUUCAUAAGAGAUUCUUUUAGAGCAGUAACUCCUAACUGGCUACCAUUAGAAUUGCUAGGUAAGCUUUUUAAAAAAGAAGAUGCCCCCACAGGUUUUGAUCUAAAUUGGCUUGGGGUAGAAGCCAGUGUGAUAUUCUUAAAAGUAUAAAUUUAAAACUUAAGAGGUAGACGUAUUGAAUAAUAGUAUCUCACUAAGUUCUGGUGGUCUGAUAAUCUAUAGUUUGCUCUUCUUAAAACUGUGUUGAGAUGAAGUUUCAUGCCAUAGUCACUGUCUUGUGCUCUUAGAGGUUGAAGCUGCCUUGUAGAAGUCUAGAAGCUGUGGCUGUGGAUCAUUAUUUAACUUUCUAAGUCUUGAGGAAGCAUAUCAAUGUUAUAUUCUUGAUUGACUUUCAAGGGUUGUAUUGUAGUAUGAGGACCACAAUUAAAUAAAAAAAGUUCUAAAUCAAACAUCAAUUUUA